AUGGAUAAAAUAGCAGCUGCACCAAUCCCUCCAAAGACAUAUUUUAAACUACCUUUAGACCCGCCUUUCUUUUCCGAGGAUGUCGAAUGGUUUGAGGGGGGUUUCGGGGAUUCUGGAGAGGCAGUUACACAACCUAUUUCAUCACCUCCCAUCUUUACGGAUAACUCUACCUGCUCGACACUUGUUCGUUCGCAUUUGAAUAAUUGUUAA